ACGGAUGAGUGUGGAGUCAGUCAUUACAAGAGAGCCACCGAUAGGAUAAUCGGCGGCAGAGACGCCAAGAAGGGAGAGUUCCCGUGGAUGAUAUCGGUUCAGGUGAAACACCCGCACUCACCCGGAUUUGUGGUCACCUGCGGGGCCGCUAUUAUCAACACUCAUUGGGUGCUAACCGCUGCCCAUUGUCUUGAAAAUGUAGACAAGAAUGACCUCCAGAUAGUGGCCGGCGCUCACGAUAUCAAAGACUGGACCGAAGGUAUGAGCAAACAUACGGUGAACAAAAUAAUAUCCCACCAUGAUUAUAACAAACAUGACUUUGGUGUCAACGAUAUCGCGUUGAUUAAAGUGAACCAAGAGUUUCGCUUCAAUGCCUCAAAAUGGCUGCAAAACAGUGUCUGUUUGCCCGCAGAGGACUAUAACGCGAGGGGCCGGUCGGCCACCGCCACCGGUUGGGGCGCCGCCGCUCAUUACAGACCACCCGCUAGAAUACUGAAGGCGAUCGAUAUGCCGGUCCUCAACCAAGACGAGUGCCGACUUAAACACAUUGAUUACGUGUUCCUUAAAGAUACCCAGAUUUGCUGCGGCGGUCAACUCGAUAGGGAUACUUGCUUUGGAGACUCCGGCGGACCUGUCAUUGAAAUGGUGGACAAUAGGGCAGUAUUGGUGGGCAUUACUGUUGGCUCACCUCAGAAGGAAGACUGUGGUGUCGAGAGUUGGCCCGGCAUUUAUACCGAUGUCACCAAAUAUAUUAAGUGGAUUAAUGAUAACAUGAAAGGGUGA